AUGCCCGGUAGUAGCUGGGCUGGGAGGGUUGCGGAUGGUGGGGUGGGAGGGCGAGUGGUGCAAGGAGGAGAUGCAACCAGCAGGGGCUCUUACCCACCUGCCCCUUGCCCCCACAACCCCUCCUUGCGCCACUCACAGGGCAGGCGAGGGGGCAUGGCUGCUGUCACCACCGCCACCACCACCACCUCAACCAUCACUGCCGCUCAGCCGCCUUCCAGCAUCCCUCCCGCCAACCACACAUGUGAGCUGUGGGUGGCGUGUGGGUCAGCAGAGGAGGCACUCAUUCUGCGCAACUCACUCUCCGACGCCGAACCAGGGACUGGUUCGACGCCGAGGGCGGAGGGUGAGGAUUGGGGGGGAGGCAGGGGAGACACGGCGAGACGAGCUUCUGUUCGCAGCAAGCCAAGGCCUCCUCCCCGCAUGCUCCACUCAUCACCACAGCUCUCUCCAUCGCCCCCCAUCACCAACCAUCACCAACCUUUCUUACGCCAUCCACCUCCCCUCCAUCCGUACCCUUCUCCCAUGCCAUCCCCGUCCCACUAUCCUACCUCUUCCCCGCUCGCGGCCUCUGCAGCUCCGUCGCGUCUCCCUCUCGUGCCCCAACGCUCGACUGCUGCGCGCGGCCUUCAAUGCCUUCAUCCUCACAUGCACUUUCAUCCUCACAUGCUCUUUCAUCCUCACAUGCUCUUUCAUCCUCACAUGCUCUUUCAUCCUCACAUGCUCUUUCAUCCUCAUGUGCUCUUUCAUCCUCACGUGCUCUUUCAUCCUCACAUGCUCUUUCAUCCUCACAUGCUCUUUCAUCCUCACAUGCUCUUUCAUCCUCACGUGCUCUUUCAUCCUCACAUGCUCUUCUCCCCACAGUCUCCAUCCCACCAUCCACCUCUCCCCGUACCAUCCCUGUCCCACUCUUCUACCACUGCCACCCUCUGCAGCUCCUUCUCAUGCCCCGACGCCCGUCUGCUGCGGACGCCCUUCAAUGCCUUCAAUACCUUCAUGGACCCUCUCAUCCUCACAUGCCCUUCUCCCCACAAUCUCCAUGCCACCAUGUCCCACCAUCCCAUCGCCCCACCCCUCUCUGCACCUCCUUCAGAUGCCCCCAUGCUCGUCUGCUGCAGGCAGCCUUCAUUAAACUCCCUCAUCCUCGCUGCGCGCACCUCUUAUGAGGCUCCUCAACAGUCACUCUCCUUCCCCACAACCUCUUCCCCUCUCCCCUCCUUCUGCACCUCCUUCUCCUCCUUCACGUGUCCCGACGCUCGACUGCUGCGAGCAGCCUUCAAUGCCUUCAUGUACUCGCUCAUCCUCGCUGCUCGCACCUUUUGUGAGGCUCCUCAUAAGUCACUCCCCCACACCCCCACCCCUCCUCCUCCCCUUCUCUGCAGCUCCUUCUCAUGCCCUGAUGCCCGUCUCCUGCGAGCAGCCUUCAAUGCCUUCAUGGACUCUCUCAUCCUCGCUGCUCGCACCAUCGAGGCAUUUGGCCCGCCUCCUCCCAUGCAACAACCAUGCGUGUGA